AUGUCCGCAUCGUCAAGCUCCGCCCCUUCGGAGGCGCCAGCCAACACGACUGGCGUGAGCUCAUCCAGACAUUCGUGUCUUUUUUUGGACUUUUUGAUGUCAAUUAAGCCGAAAGAUCGACAACGGAUGCUCCAGAAACCGUCUUGCUCAUUCUUCAUCUACCGUAUGCUUCCGGCGAUUGCUCAGCAAGUCACGAUUCAGCUCAUUUGGAAAGGCAGUUUUCCAAAAGCCGACGAUGUGGAAUUGACAAAAUCGAUUGAGGAACAAGUCGAGCUGCUCCUGAAACUGGGAAUUGCUCAUAAGGCAACAGAUGGAAAAUUGACAAUUGAUAACGACUACAAACGAUCGUAUAUGUACGCGGCGAUGCUCGGCGCGGCGAGCAUUUCGAGCCUCGUUUUGGAGACGAACGACGAGAAACGACGUGGAAAAGAUGUCGAAAAAAAGGCGGUCGAGAGAUGGGACUGCAUUUUGAGAUAUCUCGCUCUCCCGUCCGAAGAGAACACCGAAGCCGUCUCAGACACCACCAAGGACCUAUUCCGAAAAGCCAACUUCACCAGCGGCGAGUCUCGAAUCGAAAUCACCACAUUUGGUUUCCAAUUUCUAUUGCUCAGCCCAGUGAAACAAAUGUGGACGUACGUCAUAGAAUACCUGAAAUUGGAGAUCUCCAAAGGAAACGACAUCGUUGAAGUCAUCGAACCACUCAUUCAAAUUGUGCUCCUAGCCAAUAGAGGAUUCAAAGCGGAAAAAGAGUGUUAUCAGAUUGAUGAGCAAUGGACACAACCGCAACACGACCUUCUGAAUCAUCUAAGAGAAUUGGGGGUCAUUUUCAUUCGGAAACGAAAAGACGGUGUCUUUUUCUUGACACACCUUCUAACCCAUUUGGCAACCAACGAGACUAUUGACGACACGUCAUCUGAGAAGGCGUCGAAUGGAAAAGUGAUUGUGGAGACGAAUUUCAGGGUUUACGCGUAUACGUCGUCGCUUUUGCAGCUGGCGAUUAUCGCGCUUUUCACGGAAAUGACGUAUAGAUUCACGGACAUGUCCGUCGGCAUGAUCACCCGCGAAUCGGUCCGUGGAGCCCUUCAACACGGCAUCACCGCCGCCCAAAUCAUCUCAUUCCUCCGUGCCAACGCCCAUCCACAGUGUGUCGCCACAUCGGGGCCCGUCAAUUGUUUGCCGAUUACGGUCGCCGAUCAAAUCCGCUUGUGGGAAGACGAACGUCGUCGUAUGGACCUGAAGGACGCCUACAUCUAUUCGCACUUUGAAUCCGACGACGAGUAUCACGGCGUCGUCAGAUACGCUCAAGAGCGUGGAAUUCUGCUCUGGGCGAAUCCCCAACAGAAGUUGGUCAUUGUGAAUGAGGAGGGACAUGAAGCCGUUCGACAGUGGUACAAGAGAAGCAAAGGAGCCAGUGGAGAUUCUGGAGGACCAUCAACGUCUUCUGCAUAA